AACGAUGUUGGCUGUUCUGUAGCUGGAGACGAGCCAUGGAAGAUUCGACAGCCAUCAAGGAAGAGAGAACGGAUUCAAUGGUCCAAAUGGAAUUAUGUAACCCACCAGAGACUAAGGCAAUGCUAAGUUGAGUUUUUCAAAGUGUUCGAUCUCGUGCGUCGUCCAGCGAUAUCAUUCGACAUAAGGAGUGCAACAAGGAAGGAGCUUUAACUUUCAUUUGGAUUCUUUGUGUUCUGUUCUUCAAACAUUUGGAAAUAAUUCAUAGACUCUUUUUUUGAAUGCUGAUGCUAUUCCAUAUAUUGCUAUUUAAAAAUCUACUUUUAAUAUUCACAAUCAAUUGAUGUUUAUUCUGGUGAAUAGCUCAGUGCAUACGAGACAAUGUUAUGCUUUAUAUUUCUAAAUAGAUAAGACUAUUCCACAUGGACUCGCCAAGACGCUCAAGAUGAAGUCUGUCGCACUGGCUUACGUCAGACAAAGCUCACUGAAGGGAAGUAACUGCUUGUGUCAUGUGUCCACUGGUAAAAUGUUGUUCCUCUGUGCCAUCCUGCUGACCGCCUUUCUGUUGGUGACCGUCACAGAGAUAACUGAAUACAGCGUGAACCCACCACCCUACCUGGUGGUCACCUUGCCGCCUGUCCGCAUCAACGACACCCUGUUGGACCGGCAGUUUAAGGACGUCAUAAAGGCGGUCAACCUGUCUCGCCUGUCUCCACUGCCCACAGUGCCCAGCAACUUACAACAUUUAUUCCAGUAUGAGCUCUCAGAGAAUGACUUGGAGGAACUUAGCCAAAUGUUGAAAGUCUUCAACGCCACCAUGGCCAAUGCUUCUAUCACAUAUUUCUUGUAUAAGGGCUCCCUGUUAGGAUCCUAUAGGCAUCACAGCAUCAUUCCCUGGGACGAUGAUUUGGACUUUUUGGUCUCCCUCAAAGACAAAGCCAACAUGACAGCAAUAUUUAAGAUGCUAGAGCCAAGGUAUAUCUUAGACAACAGUACUAUCAGAUACAAGUUUUAUUCUGAUACUGGACACGUCAUUAAAAAGAAGCCUUGGAAAUCUCCAUUUCUGGACAUAAGCUUCUACGAUGAGAACUCCACACAUAUCUGGGACGUGACCAUCCCGAGCCAAGGGCCUUUUCUGAAAGAUAUCACAUUUCCUUUGACACUAAGGCCUCUUUUGGGAGGACUGUAUCCUUCUCCCCAUGACCCUUACCUGACCCUAAAUGUGACGUACCAGGUGGAUGAUUGUUACACCGGAAGUUACAACCACACCAAUGAGAAAAAGCGGGACAAGAAGGACAUUGGGAACGUCCCCUGCUCGGCCUUGCUGGACACCGUGGCCUUCGUACAGCACGUGCGUGGUCCUGGAGGGGCGUGGUGUGAGGAGGUGUUGACCCACAGGGGACAAAUUCUCGGCUCAUUCGUCAGGAGCUCCUAUAAAAUACCAAUCUGUUAACAUUUACUUGUUAAGGAGUUGAUUGUUUUUGAAGGCGCCAUUUCUGUUGUACAAACCCAAGGGUAAGAUAAACAUAUUUCUAAAAGACAUUACAAA